AUGUCUUGGUCGCGUCCUCUGCUUUUCUCUCUGCUCUUCUGCUUUGGUGAGCUGACCUUCGCUCAAAUAAAAUACUCCACUCCAGAGGAAGUUAAAGUGGGAGCUAUUAUUGGAAAUGUUGCCAAAGAUUUGGGCCUGGAUGUCAGCACCUUGAUAAACAGGCGAUUUCGUAUCGUGUCUGGAGCUCAGGACGCGCUAUUUGAGGUAAACCCGAACAAUGGGGUUUUAUAUGUUCACAAGAAUCUCGACCGAGAGCAGCUGUGCGAUGGAAAUGGUGCCUGUUUACUAGAUCUGAAAAUCGUCGUUGAAAAUCCGCUUGAGGUCCAUUAUGUCACAGUGGAAAUAACGGAUGCUAACGACCAUGUACCGAGUUUUGCCGAGAAAGAAAAGGUAAUUGAAAUUGCGGAAACAACGUUACCAGGAGCACGAUUUCAGUUACCAGGGGCACGUGAUCCUGAUGUUGGAAUAAAUUCCGUCCAGCGCUACAAACUCAGCCAAAACGAUAAUUUUCAUCUAGAAAUUCGAGAUAGGGGAGAGGAUAAAAUCCCUUUCUUAGUGUUACAGAGACACUUGGACAGAGAACAGAAAACAAACCAUAGCUUGAUUUUAACCGCUAUAGAUGGAGGGACACCGCCAAAAUCUGCAAAUCUUAAUCUCACCGUAAAGGUUCUCGAUGUCAAUGAUAACAGACCUACUUUUGCGAAAGAGGUUUAUUCUGUGAUGUUACAAGAAAAUGUUGCUUUAGACACAGUGGUAACAAUAGUCCAAGCAACUGAUCUAGACGAAGGAACUAAUGGGGAUGUGGAGUAUACCUUCGGAGGUGACAUUAAUUCAAAGGUGUUGGAGUUAUUUAGCCUAAACAGAAAUACAGGCGAAAUUCGAGUUAAAGGCCAAAUUGACUAUGAGGCAGCUGAUGUUUUCAAGUUAGACGUCCAAGCCUCAGACAAAGGUCAGCCGCCGAUGACAACGGACUGUAGAGUCCUAAUAAAGAUUCAAGAUAUCAAUGACAAUAAACCGGAGAUAGAGGUGACAUCAAUAUCCAGCAUGGUCCCAGAAGAUGCAAAGCAAGGGACCGUGAUUUCUCUUAUUAGUGUCACAGAUAUUGAUUCUGGUCUGAAUGGCAAAGUUAUAUGCAGUCUGACAGGGAAUGUACCAUUUGAAUUAAAACCGUCAUUUAAAGAAAAUAUGUAUUCACUAGUGACAAAAGAAACGUUGGACAGGGAAACUGUGUUCCAUUAUGACAUUUCAAUAACAGCUACCGACUGUGGUGAGCCUCCUCUUUCCACGUUCAAAACUUUGAGCGUUCAGGUGUCAGAUGUCAAUGAUAACGUCCCAGAGUUUUCACACAGUCCCCUGGAGUUGUAUUUGAUGGAGAACAAUGCUCCCGGCGCAUCAAUAUUUUCUGUGAGCGCAUUCGAUAAAGACUUAAAUGAAAACGCUGCUGUGUCCUAUCAUGUAAUCAGAGGAGAAGGAGGUCAUAAGGAAAUGGCAUCUUUUCUCAAUAUAAAUUCUGAAAACGGACACAUUUCGGCGCUAAAAAGUUUUGACUUUGAAACACUGAAAACUUUCCAGUUCCACGUUGUUGCGUCAGAUUCUGGAACUCCGUCACUGAGCAGCAACGUCACAGUCAACGUGUUCAUUCUGGAUCAGAACGACAACGCUCCAGUCAUCCUCUAUCCACUCAGCUCUAACGGUUCUGCUGAAGGUGUGGAGGAGAUUCCCCGCAAUGUCAACGCAGGACACUUGGUGACUAAAGUCAGAGCCUAUGACGCUGAUAUAGGAUAUAACGGCUGGUUACUCUUUUCACUGCAGGAAGUUACUGACCACAGUCUCUUUGCUUUGGACCGCUACACAGGACAGAUCAGAACACUUCGCUCAUUCACAGAGACAGACGAGGCUGAGCACAAACUGCUCGUGCUGGUCAAAGACAAUGGCAACGUCUCACUCUCAGCAACAGCUACUGUCAUUGUCAAAAUUGUGGAGCCCAAAGAGGCUUUUGCAGCUUCCGAUGUUAAAACUUCAGCAAAAGUCGACGAGGAUGAUAACGUGACUUUUUACCUGAUGAUAACUUUGGGCUCAGUGUCUGUGCUUUUUCUCAUCAGUAUCAUUGUGCUGAUUGCAAUGCAGUGCUCAAAGUCCACAGACUAUACUUCUAAAUAUCUACAAGAGACAAAUUAUGAUGGGACACUGUGUCACAGCAUCCAGUACAGAUCUGGAGACAAACGCUACAUGUUAGUUGGACCCAGAAUGAGUAUAGGAUCUACUAUAGUCCCGGGCAGCCACGCGAAUACACUAGUGCUUCCUGACAGGAGAGGAGCAUCUGGAGAGGUAAGACUUUAA